ACCCUCUGUUUCUUUUCCAUUUCCUUUACCAAAUGGCCACAUUCCUUCCCUCCCACUACUACUCCUUCUUCCUCUUCUUCUUCUUGUUCUUCCUCAUCGGAACCUCCGCCGUCGACGGCGCGUACUGGUGCGUGGCCCGCAGCGACGCGACCUACGAGUCUCUCCAAGCCGCCAUCGACUACGCCUGCGCCACCGGCGCUGACUGUACUCCGAUUCUGUUGAACGGACUCUGUUUCCUCCCUAACACCAUCCAGGCCCACGCCUCCUACGCCUUCAACAGCUUCUUCCAGCGCAAGGCUAUGGCUCCCGGGUCCUGUGACUUUGGAGGCUCCGCCACCAUCGCCCAGAGUGACCCAAGUUAUGGAUCUUGUGUUUAUCCAUCUUCUCUCAGUUCUGCAGGAGGAGCAAUCACGCCGAGCCCUCCAGCAAACACAAGCCCGACAAUAACAGUUCCUGGUACAGCUACGCCAAGCUUCAACAAUGGUGGUACCGGUGACACGAAUGGCGUAAAUCCCGUAUACAACCCGACAUCAACCUCAAAUCCAACCAACUCUGAAGCAUCUUCGAGUUUUACGACCCCAAAACUCGUAAUUUUAAUUUUGUUUUCAAUUGCCAUCUCACUCCCUUUACAAACAAUGUAGGAGGGGGUGCCAUAGCUGGGGUGUGAAUGUGCAGAGGGUUUAUUCAGUUUUGUUAGAAAUGAUGAGGCUUCCAAAGGUUUGGUCAAAUGUAGCUUUUGUUUGGAUGUUUUAAACUUUUAUUAUCCUUUGGGUGGAAACUAAAUGACAUAGGUAAACUCAGCAGGUAGGCUUAGUUAAGGGUUCCCACUUUCUUUAGGGGAUUUACUCAUUCAAUUCAAUGGUUUAAUUUGAUUCUUGUACUUGGCUAUGUACAUGACUAACUUUUAGUAGAAGGUUCAACUAUUGAAUUUUAUUUCUUCAUUA